AUGGCAAAGUCCCCAUCGAGCUAUCAUAUCGACCUCAAAGAAUCCAAUGGACUAACAGAUAUUUUCCAAGGCGACAUUGAUAACUGCUCUUUUGUCUCUGCAUUCCAGGCGAUAGUACUGUACGACUUGGGUACCUCUUUAAGAGGGCUUAUAAAGGAGACGUGUCAGGGUACCUAUACAAUCCUAUUCAAUGUCAACGGAUGUCAACGUGACUGUCCGGUGAGUUCUGAACUCUCUGAGAAGCGUAUUCACUCAUCUACAAACCCAGGUUUACUAUGGCCGGCAAUUAUUGAGAAGGCCUAUCUCGAGCUAUACCAAUAUUCCUCAGGACAGUUUCAAGGAUCCAACUUUGGCAACGAUUGUUACUUGCUAACUGGAUUCAUACCGGAAUAUGUUGCUGUGGAGGAUAUUGACAUGGCAUUUAUGGCUAAUUUGAACCACUACUUCCACGAUAAACAAGCAAUUUUGGGGCUUGCAGUUGAUAAUCUAACCGAUGAUGAGAUAUCUGUAUUCAGGUUGGUUCCAAAUCAUGAUUAUUCUAUUACAGAGAUUACCGAAAACGAUGGAAAGUUCCUAAUAACAGUAAAGGAUCCCUCAGUGGCCGAAAACUCUCUUCGUGUAUUCUUAUUAGAUGAGAUAUACGGUAGGUUUAAGACGUUGUACAUUAACUGGAAUUCUACCAGAUUCACCUACAGAGAGAGUAAAAGUUUUGUUAUGAUGCAGUCUAAAAGAUUCAACAAUGAUUCAUUCAUCGACGACUAUCAGUUUAGGGUGUCUUUCACUAAUGAAACGUGGGUUCUAUUAGAAAGACACGAACGGAGAGAAGUGACGGAUCAGCAGCUCCCUGGUGGCAUUUCUUCCAUUCAAUGGUAUGAGGGAGAAGGUAAACUGUGGAAAUCCAGUGAUGGCAAGUAUAUUUCGAGUGUUCCUGUAAGUAAUUCACGAUUUACUCUAUGUAAAUUGGACUUGAAGGGUAUUAGGAAGGCAGUUGGCGUCUUCAGAUUACCUAAUGAAGCCGACGAGCACGUGUUCUAUACUCUCAUGGCAUAUUCAACCAGCCCGGUCACUAUAGAGAGGCCUAGAAAUAGGUUGAAAUAUACUGAGGAGGUGAUUGGAAACUGGAGUACGUGGGAAAGCGGAGGCAAUUGGUCAGAAUCUACUUGGUAUGACAACCCUCAAUAUGAGAUUAUAGCUGAUGGCGGUACUACUGAUACCGUUGCAUGUGCCAUUGGCAUAUUUAGUGACUGCUCUUUGCAUAUUGCGCUACACGUAUUUGACCACGAGUUCGGACAGUUCAACAGAGUUUUCUACUUUUCUCGCAAAGAACUUGUUACAGAUAUAAAACGCUAUAAUGAGGGAUUUAAUACCUGCCUUGUGAGAUUGCAGGCACACCGGAAGUACGUAUUGGUAUGUUCCACCUACAACACAGCACAACUCGGGGAGUUUAAGCUAAUGGUUAACUCUGAUGCGUUAGUAAGGAUAAGCAAGAUACCGCAUGAGUUGGGACUAUUUACGAAGAGGAUAGACACAGAAAUUAUGGCGAAUGGAGAAGACUGGACUUUGGUUACUAGCUUUAAGCUUAAAAGAGCGUCUAGAGUUAAUAUUAAGGCGAUCUGCAGCAACCUUGAUAUUUCCCAAUUAAGACUACUAAACGCCCAUACCGUCAAAGAUAUAAGUAGCAUGGAUGUUCACGGAUCAGUAUCGUUUCUAGGGUCUCAGAAAACAAAACUUCAGGAGGGAAGGUACGAAAUACAGGUAAAGAUAACUACCAGACAGAAGGUCAAAGUCGACUUAGAGAUAGGUACUGAUUACAAGAUAUAG